AUGGUAGCCACACGCAGGUCAGCAUCCGGUGCUCAAUCGGGUACCAAGUCCGAGUCCACCGAUGCCAAGGUCGGCGACAAGCGAGACAACGACAAGGUGUCUUCCUCCAAGCCCACCAAGUCCGAGCCGGACCACUCGGAGCCAGACACCAAGAAGCCCAAGACCGCCGACUCUAGCAAGACUGAUUCGAUCCUCGAAUCCCAGCAGUCCAAGCUCGAAUCCUUCUCCGACUCUCUCACCUGGCUCCAUUCCGACGCCGCCUGGUCCCUCGCCCACCCGGACAUCCCCGAUGGACAGGGCGAGACCGACCUCGCCGCUGAAGGCGGUGAGACCGUCCGAACACCUCCCGAGCCGUUCGAGAACAAGCGCUCUGGUGCUGGCGAAGCAGGUCAUCUCUCCUAUCCAAACUCCGACUUGACCGCUUUCCAAAACCUGCUCUGUGCCAUCCUCCUUAGCAAACCCAUCUCCCACCGACUCGGUCUGCGCAGCAUCGAAACGCUUCUCAACAAGCCCUAUCUCUUCCGCACCGCUCAAGAUCUCAUCGAUGCUGGCAACGAAGGUCGUCGUGCCGCACUCUGGGAAGCUAGGACCCAACACAAGGAGAAGACCGCCGUGCAGCUCGGGAGUCUCGCUGAAGGCAUCACCUCCCUCUGCCAGGAUGCGAAGGACAAAGAUGCAGCUCGCGACAAUCUCGAACCCAUUCUCGAAAAAGCGCUUUCGCAGGCUAGCGACAAGAACGACUCGUUCGAGGUCGCAGAACAGGUCAAAGCCGUUCUCACAAAGGAGGUCAACGGCCUCGGUCCAGGCGGUGUAGACAUCUUCCUGCGCCGUGUCCAGUCCCAAUGGCCUCAGGUGUUCCCCUUUGCCGACGAGAGGUCUCUCAAUGCUGCGGUCAAGUUCGACCUCAUCUCUCAAGCUGAUCUCGACAAGGGUGUUGAGCAAGCGACCAAGAAGCUGGCGGACAAGGUCGCCGAUCAUGUCGGAUUUCCGGUGGAGGAUGCAAAGGGUGAAGAUGAAGAGGCAGAGUGCGGGAGGUGGUGGUUCGUCAGGACGCUGGAUGUGUUGAUCGGAUUGGACAUCGAGAAGAAGAUCGAUGAGGCCGCAAAGCAGGCGUCCGGAAAGUGA